UACAUUAUUUUUAUUAUUAUUAUUAUAUAGAAAAUAAAGCGGCUUCUUCCGUCGGCAAGCUCCCCAGUAAGAUUUUUAUAUACAGAAGAACCCCCAGUUCAGAGGAUUUUCUAGGUUUCUCCUACACAGCUAGUUGGGAGUUGGUAUAAUGUCUCAGAACGGGAAAUUAAUGCCGAAUUUGGAUCAAAAUAGCACAAAGCUCCUUAACUUGACAGUUCUUCAGCGUAUCGAUCCAUUUGUUGAAGAAAUUUUGAUCACUGCUGCUCAUGUUACUUUAUAUGAAUUCAAUAUCGAUAAUAGUCAAUGGAGUCGAAAGGAUGUGGAAGGAUCCUUGUUUGUUGUCAAGAGGAGUGCUCAACCUCGGUUUCAGUUCAUUGUUAUGAACCGCAGAAAUACAGAUAAUUUGGUGGAGGAUCUCUUGGGAGAUUUUGAGUUUGAGCUCCAGAUCCCAUAUUUGUUAUACCGAAAUUCUUCCCAAGACGUAAAUGGGAUAUGGUUCUAUAAUUCACGUGAAUGUGAAGAAGUUGCAAAUCUCUUUAACAGGAUACUGAGUGCUUAUUCUAAGGUGCCUGCCAAGUUCAAAUUACCAUCCAACAAGAGUGAAUUUGAAGAGCUGGAAGCAGUUCCAAGUAUGUCCGUAAUGGAUGGUCCCCUGGAGCCAUCAUCUACAACAUCAAAUACUGCAGAUGUCCCAGAUGAUCGUUCCUUUGUUAAUUUCUUCAGUAAUGCUAUGAGAAUUGGGAGUGGUCCAAAUGCUGGAAUGCAGGGACAGCCAUAUGACUCAUCUGCAGUAGUCCUACCUCCUCCUCGUCCUCCUGCUGUACCUCCCUCUUCAGCACCUGCACUGUCUCCAUCUUCUCCUCUUUCUACAUCUUCCACUUUGAUGCCUGUUCUUGAUGCUCCUGAACCUGAUACCAAUUCUAGAAGGUCUUCAAAUCUUGUGAAGCCAUCAUCAUUCUUUGGUCCUCCUCCUUCCUCUUCUCCACUGAUACCUCCUGUUUCUUCAGCUGUGCCUACUGCUCCUCCACUUCAGUCCCCUGGGAAUCUUCAACGCCAUUAUGGAGCUCCUUUACUUCAACCAUUUCCUCCUCCCAAUCUGCCUCCAUCUCUCACUCCUUAUACUGCUCCUGGCCCAAACAACGGGCAUGUUAUUAACAGAGACAAAGUGCGGGAGGCACUUUUGAUGCUUGUUCAAGAUGACCAAUUUAUUGACAUUGUAUACCGUGCUAUUCUGAAUGCUCAUCACACAUGAUAAAUAGAGGAACGUUUGCGCUUCACUUGGUGAAAUCUCAUUAUGCAGCGCUACUGGCAGAAAGAUGGCAUCAAGUUCAUCUCCUUUAGGUUAUUACUGUUUAUAUUGUCUUUGAGACCCACCUUGUAUAGUAUUAUGCUCCAUAGUUUUACUAGUUUAGAUUUGAUGUUUUACCUUGUAUACAGUGUUUAUGGGUUUUGCCAGUCUGGAACUCCAAUGCUUCAUUUAGCCAAGUUCCAUCCAUGUGUUUUUUGGUCAUUAAACAAUAAACAAUCAUGUGAAAGAUGUGUGCAUUUUCAGCUUUGGUCUCUGCAAGGGUUAGUAUUGUGUAAGCUGAAUUGCAAGAAAGACUUGGGUGGGGUUAGUUGAUUCUAAAUUUUUUAUAUCGAAGCUACAUUAGUGACACAUCAUACAUCAAUGAAAAAGUUCCAAUUUGAUAUCA